GAGGGAGUCAAAGGGAUGCCGGUGUUUCCUCGUUUUUCCGCCCCUUCUUUUGGUUUCGUCCAAACUGGCCUGAGCAGCAGCUCCUCAGUCUUUAUAUCCCUGCUGCUGCUGCUGCUGCUGCUGCUGGGAGGAGGAUGCUCUCUGUCUCCGAAUGAAUGCGGCGUCAAUGGCCCGCUGUUGGACGGCUACGCGAUGAAUGCAUUGGCUUUUUACAGUCAAAUGCCUGGAAUGACUAUUAUUAUGGAUAUCUUUUAUUUUCUAUGGAUACUGCCGCCGGUGUGGGCUGUCGAAGAAGUACUAAUGGAUUCAACAACUGCAACAGCAGAGCUGGGCUGGACCAUCUUCCCAUCACAAGGGUGGGAAGAAGUUAGUGGCUAUGAUGAAAAUAUGAACACCAUUCGAACAUACCAAGUGUGCAAUGUCUUUGACAGCAGCCAGAACAACUGGGUACGCACCAAAUACAUUCGCCGUCGUGGUGCUCAGCGCAUCCAUGUCCAGAUGAAGUUCUCAGUGCGCGACUGCAGUUCCAUACCCAAUGUCCCUGGUUCCUGCAAGGAGACCUUCAAUCUGUAUUAUUAUGAGUCUGACUCGGACAUCGCCACAAAGUCAUCCCCACCCUGGAUGGAGAACCCCUGGGUGAAAGUGGACACUAUAGCAGCUGAUGAAAGUUUCUCUCAGGUUGAUCUUGGUGGACGCAUCAUGAAGAUCAACAGUGAAGUUCGAAGCUUUGGACCUGUUUCACGCAACGGGUUCUACCUCGCUUUCCAGGAUUAUGGGGCCUGCAUGUCACUUAUUGCUGUUCGAGUUUUCUACAGGAAAUGUCCCCUUGUAAUCCAGAAUGGCGCUGUCUUUCCUGAGACUUUGUCCGGAGCAGAGAGCACCUCUUUGGUUGCAGCCAGAGGAGUGUGUGUUCCCAAUGGGGAGGAGGUGGAUGUACCCAUCAAGCUCUACUGUAAUGGGGAUGGAGAGUGGAUGGUACCCAUUGGGCGCUGCAUGUGCAAAGCCGGGUAUGAGGCACUGGAGAAUGGCACAGUCUGCAAAGCAUGUAUGUCAGGCUUCUUCAAGGCUGCACAGGGAGAUCACAAAUGUCUGCAAUGCCCCAUUAACAGCCGAACUACAAACGAAGGAGCUACUAACUGUGUCUGUCGCAAUGGCUACUACCGCACUGACUCUGACCCUCCGCAGAUGCCAUGUACCACUGUUCCAUCAGCACCACAAAACGUUAUCUCCAUCGUUAAUGAAACCUCUCUGAGGCUGGAGUGGAGCCCACCACAAGAGGGUGGAGGCCGAGAAGAUGUUGUCUACAACAUCAUUUGUAAAAGCUGUGGCAGUGGACGUGGUGGCUGCACCCGCUGUGGAGACAAUGUACAGUUUGUUCCACGUCAGCUGGGACUGACCGACACCCGCGUCCACAUCAGCGACCUCCUGGCUCACACCCAGUACACCUUUGAAAUACAAGCUGUCAACGGAGUGUCGGACCAGAGUCCUUAUUCACCACAGUACACAUCUGUCAACAUCACCACCAACCAGGCUGCACCAUCAGCAGUGUCCAUCAUCCACCAGGUCAGCAGAACUCCUAACAGCAUCACGCUUUCCUGGUCCCAGCCUGAUCAGCCCAAUGGUGUUAUCCUCGACUAUGAACUGCAGUACUAUGAGAAGAACCAGGCAGAGUGGAACUCAUCUCUGACAAGGAGUCAGACCAACACUGCAGUCAUACGAGGUUUGAAGUCUGGAACUAUCUACGUCUUCCAGGUUCGGGCUCGGACAGUUGCUGGAUUUGGGCGGUUUAGUGGCAAAAUGUACUUCCAAACCAUGACUGAAGAGGAAUAUAACUCCAGUAUCCAGGAAAAGCUCCCCCUCAUCAUUGGCUCAUCUGCUGCAGGGGUCGUCUUUAUCAUUGCCAUCACUGUUGUCAUAAUUGUUUGUCGCAGUGUGUUUGUCACCAGCAGGAGAAGUUCAGACAGACCGGAAUCAGAGUACACAGACAAACUCCAACAUUAUACCAGUGGUCACAUGUCUCCAGGAAUGAAGAUAUACAUCGACCCCUUCACUUAUGAAGACCCCAACGAAGCGGUCAGAGAGUUUGCCAAGGAAAUUGACAUUGCCUGUGUCAAGAUUGAACAAGUGAUUGGUGCAGGUGAGUUUGGUGAAGUCUGCAGUGGAAACCUCCGGCAGCCUGGGAAGAGAGAGAUACUGGUGGCUAUUAAGACACUGAAGGCAGGUUACACUGAGCGCCAGAGGCGGGACUUUCUGAGUGAGGCGUCCAUCAUGGGCCAGUUUGACCACCCCAACAUCAUCCAUCUGGAGGGAGUGGUGACAAAAAGCAGCCCUGUGAUGAUCAUCACUGAGUUCAUGGAGAAUGGAUCCCUUGACUCCUUCCUUAGGCAAAAUGACGGGCAGUUCACAGUGAUCCAGCUAGUGGGAAUGCUGCGUGGCAUAGCAGCAGGAAUGAAGUACUUGUGUGACAUGAACUACGUCCAUCGAGACCUGGCAGCUAGGAACAUCCUUGUCAACAGCAACCUAGUGUGCAAAGUGUCUGACUUUGGCCUAUCACGCUUCCUCGAAGAUGAUACAUCAGAUCCCACCUAUACCAGUGCUCUGGGAGGGAAGAUUCCCAUUCGGUGGACGGCUCCAGAGGCCAUUCAGUACAGGAAGUUCACCUCCUCUAGUGACUGCUGGAGCUAUGGCAUAGUCAUGUGGGAGGUGAUGUCAUAUGGAGAGCGGCCCUACUGGGACAUGAGUAAUCAAGAUGUAAUCAAUGCCAUAGAGCAGGACUACAGGUUGCCACCACCUAUGGAUUGUCCGAGUGCACUACAUCAACUGAUGCUUGACUGCUGGCAGAAAGACCGUAACAACCGGCCUAAAUUCAGCCAAAUUGUCAGCACCCUGGAUAAAAUGAUCCGCAACCCCAACAGUCUGAAGGCCAUGACACCGCUGUCAUCAAGCGUUCACUUACCUCUGCUCGACCGCAGCACUCCAGACUUCUCCUCUUUCACUACAGUGGAUGAGUGGCUGGAUGCCAUUAAGAUGGGCCAGUACAAGGAGAACUUUACCAACGAAGGCUUCACCAGCUUUGAUGUGGUGUCUCAGAUGUCCAUGGAGGACAUCCUCAAGGUAGGCGUAACACUGGCUGGCCACCAGAAGAAGAUCCUGAACAGUAUCCAGUCCAUGAGGGCCCAAAUGAACCAGAUCACCUCAGUGGAAGUGUGACAUGACAGAUCAGGAGCACACCAGCUCUGUUCACUGUAGAAAGCCCAGCAGCCACUGCCCCUGCGUUCUCCUUGAGCCUCUGAGGAGGAUUGAUAUAUUGCACACAGACUGUGACUUCAUUUUAACUCAGAUUGACCCUUUUUUUCUUCUGAUUUUCUCCAGAGGGUUCCAUCAGUCUGCGGCACAGCACAGAUGUAUGGUAGUUUUUUGUAGCUACUGUAUAUUCAGGUAACAGUCAUGCUUUAGGGCCUGAUAUUGUACUCGACUAUAAACACAGCCAUUGAAAUCCAGUCUUCAAGCUGCUCAGCCCAUGUCUAUUUAAGACUUCUGACAUCACUACUCCACUGGCUGCGCUACCACAAAAUCAUCUAAGUAACAAAUCAUUCUCCAGAGUUGACCAUGCACUUUUGCUUUGUGUACAGGACUCACAGUUACAGUUAAAGUGAAUAAAAGGAAAAAGAGCACAAUUAAACUCAACUAAAUGGCUACUGCAAAAUACAACCUCAGUAAUUAGCCUAAAGCUUGCAGUACUUAAUGCUUUCAGUUGAGCACAUUUAUUUACAAGUGCCACUCAUAACCUUACUGUUCGAUCUAUCACACAGAGAUGUUGGUUGUUUGUUGUUAAAAUUAUAACCUCAAGUUAUAACCCCAUUACCUUGCUUGGCAUAUCAAAACCCACUUUUAGUAUUAUUAAUGGCAAACAGUUUUGCAGCAAGAGAUGCUAAAUGUAUUUGCAUUCUGUGACUGCCUGUCUAUACAGUAUCUUCAUUGUUACUCAGUGUUUUCAUCGUUACUCCAGAAUCCACACAGGAUUCAAAAAGCAUGUUUACGCACAAAGGAUUCACAGGAAAUGAUACGCCCUCAUAGUCAUGUGACAGAAGAAGGCCAUUGAAUGCAUUUGGAAGAAGAAGCAUUGACUGUCUUCUUUAGUCUAGUUUGUUGAGCUGCCCUGUAAACAAAUCCACCAGCUGCUCCUCUGUUGCAUCACUGAUGUGAUAUCAGCUGAAGGGGAAGAGCAAAUAAUCGCCACACGCACAAUUUGUUGUACAAUUAGAAAAACAUACUACCGCCAGCAGUAACUACAAAGGUGUUGCCAAAUCUAUCAGGACUGAAACCUUAAUGAUUAUAACUUUAAGUAAAGUAAUAAUAUUCACGGGUUAUUUUUCUACAUUACAAAAUGUCUGGGCGCAGGUCCCACAAGAAUGCUGUCAGAAAGGAUGUUUCCAUUGCGUCUGGUUUUUAGGCCGAUAGAAACCGUCAGUCUCUGCCCUUUGCUAAGACAAAUUAAGCCUAAGGGAAUCUCUUCUCAGUAUGACUCUUGUUGACCUCACAUUACUGUUAAUCAGAAAAUGGUUGUUUUGGAUUUUGCUUAUUGUGUUUAUUGUCGCCCAGACUGAAAUUACGUGAUGACAUUUGCUCUUUAAAGGUCUUCAUAAAAGGCCGUCACAUAUUUCAAUGCCUGUGCUGUCAGAAGCUGCAGAUGUGGUUUUGACUGGAGAACUGACAUCUGAGACAAAUUAAGGAACCAAGUAGCUACUGUCAACACUGUAAAAAUGGUCCCUUUAAAGAAUCCUUUUGAGCUGGUCUAAAAAUGUCAUAUAAAACGGCAUGGCUACUGAUAUUUUGAAAAGUCAGUUGGUUGAUAUUUUUAUUUUUUGUAGACAUCUCUCACCAAAUAGAACAUUUUAACUCUGACAUGUCACCUGAAAUGGACAUUUUGUAAAUGCUUGUCUGUCCCUGUGAUCAUACUGUCCCAUUUACUGUGGAGCUGUGACAAGUUACUGCAACUUUGGGUCAGGGUUUGGGCUGGGAGACAAUACUAUUUCUUACUUUUCUCACUGUUACAUGUGUUUUGGUGGCAAAGGUAGCCAACUUUACAGCAGAAUUUUCAAUUGUUCAAGAGAAGUCAGUUUUUCUCACAGCUGUCAUCCUGUACAUAUCAGUAUACUUUUCUUUAUUUUGAUGUACACCCCAACAAAAUAACUGAAUGGUGUUCUAAAAUGACCACACCACCACUUCAGUGAUUCAGUGUCUUUAUUAGUUCAUGUAUUUGCAACUGUGCUCAAAAUUCUAAAGCUUCCUUCCAGGUAAAUUGUUCCAGCAAUUUUAAUUUUAACACAGGUUAAGUGCAGAGCAUUGUAAUGAGACUUGAAUGUCACAUAAGGUUCGUGUGUGAUCCAAUGUGCUAUUUAGGCGUCAGUUUAUGCUGAUAAAAGGCACAAGUGGAUGACAGAUAGUGCUCUGUUGAAUCAUUCAUUGAAGAAAUAGUACUCUGAACAACAAAACUUUGCCUUUGACGUUGAAUCAAAAUUCUCUGUGCUCCUUCUUUCCUGUGACUACUUAUAACAUUAGUCCGAAGGUUACACUGAUUUGACAGACUAAUGCUCUCAUAGUUACAAGAGACAGACUUUGUAAUUAUGAAAAAAACCAUUUGGGUUUUUUCUUGGGAAAUGAAGAAAUUCCUAAAAAAAAUGUCAUAUGUAAUAAUUAUGGCAUACAGAUCUUUCUGUCAUUUCCAAAAAUUCAGGUGGUCCCAGUGAAAUGAGUAUACACGGACUCUAUUAAAUGUAACAUGAGCUGUUUAAAAGAGGCAUUUUUUAUCUGUCCUCCAGUUUUAAAUGAGAUACAAAAUUAGUAUUUCAGAAUUGUUCGACUUCCAUAAAGUUGAGUUUCAAUACCUUUGCACAGAGCUAAGACUCAAUAUGGGAUUUUGGGAAGUUAUUCGUCAAUUUAAAGAAGAACUCUUUAAAAGGUUCAAGUGUGUUCUGUGUACUUAUGUACUGAUCCACACUGUUGACUGUGGUUAGGUGUAGUCUCUUUUAUUUGUUACAGCUUUCAUCUAGGAUAUAUCAUUACAAGCAUCUCAGAGAACUUGCCACAGUUCUUCUGUGUAUUCAGUCUGUCUCACGUCUCCUGUUUUAUGUUGUUGGCUCAGUGGGUUCAGACCAUCUGUUGCAGGAGUCUGGUUCUUCUUGUAGCUGAAGAAAGUUCUUUAUGAGUUUGUUCAGUUGUCUGCACUUAAAUGGCACUUUUCUACCUUUGUGGUACCCAAAGCAAGUUGCUCGCCUGCCAUCAGGAGCAACUUGCGGAUCAAUGUCUUGCCCAAUGACACUUAGGCAUGCAAGGGGAACCUUUUGAUUAGUGGACAACCCGCCACUGCCACCAUAUGUUUGAGACUCAUUUUCGUAAUUAAUUUUGGGACAAUCAGAUGCCUCUCUGAUGGUGUUGUGCAAUGGAUAAGAACCCUAAUAUCUCAAGUCGCUGUAAAGUUUGCAUCUUACCAUGUCUGAACUUUUUAAUGCUACAGUCAAAUUAUGUCAAUGGGAUUUAACCACUUUUUCAUUUUUAAAGGGAAUAAAUGAUGUGCUGUGUUUUCAGUUAGAGCCUCCUAACAAAGGCACCAAACUGGGAGUGUUUCUUCCUGGGAGUGCUUCUUUCUUGACAAAAUGCUGUGCACUUUGUCAAGGAAGGCCCAAGGUUCUGAGGGGAUUUCAGUUUCAGCUUCCAGAAUUAAAGGACAAUAAUUCCUUCUUUUGAAUCUAGAAACAAUAACCUAUUGACUUUGAGGCUACCACAAGAAUAACAGAAAGUUCUACAAACUAAACAGCAAAACAUGUUACUGUUUUUUACUUUCAAAUCAACACGAGCAUUUUGUCGUCUCAUGCUCACAUGGCAAAACAACACUGAUUGGUAGUAGUUUCUAAAGUUCUGACAAAUCACCCUUACAAAAUGUGUACAGCUGUUUAUUGCUAUGGUAGGGUUUGAUUAAGUUAAGGUUAUGAAAACUGUUGUAAAACUUCCAGCUUCGGUUCUGACAGGCCAACAUUGUAACUGGCUGUUAGAGCUGUAAACACAAGGUGAAAGAGCAAAUCUCUAAUGCUGUCAUUUUUCUUGUGAGGACAGUCUUUUCAAAAGAGAAGGAACCAUGACCUUUGAAAUGAUUAUUUAUCCUCUCAGUUUUCAUGUAGAGCAUACAGAUCCUUUGACUGUCUGUCUAUGUGUGUAAUCUCUCCAUGUACAUAUUCUCUUUAUGAUUUAAAUGAUUUAACUGAGGUGAGAUGCUGACUAUUGUACCAACAUGCUGCUUCAGAAACCACUGUGGGUGAAUAUAAAGGGAAUAUGGUUCCUAGGCUUCACAGGACCAGUAUACGCUCAGAACUCUAUUUUGUUGGUUUUGAAAAAUGUGAAUUUUGAUAAAACUGUGGUUUUUAUAAGUGCUAUGACAACAAUUUAUACUUCACACUACAGAAAUGUGAAUUCUCACCUUGGUUCAUGUGAUGUUUGAGUGAUUUUUAAAAAACAUAUAUAUCAGGAUAUUUGACAUGUUCUUCCUGCCACAAGACACAUGUGUACUCUUGCACUGUUGAUGUUCUGUACAUGAGUCUUUUCUGAUCUCAAAUCCUAUAGAACUUGUUGGUCAGAAUGUUCUCAGUUCUUUUGAGGUACAACACUCCUGGUUUUGUGAUAGUAUCCAAUAGCACAGCCAAAUCCAUCAAUUUUCUUCCCAGUAGAUGUUUUCUCAUUCAGUGCUAUUGUAAAAUCAGUAGGUAAUGUAUCUCCUCCCUUCACUUUUUGCGGUUAAGUUAUUCUUUAUGAUCUACUCAACUAGCACACCAUUUUUGACAAGAAAAAAAAAAUUCUCACUUCAAAGGAAGAUUUGAGUUGUAUUUUCCAUGUAUUAAUGUUUUGCUCACAGAAUGCUGGCUUAGCUAUGGAAGAGCUGUGGGCAAAGAGGCCAUAAUGGGUUAAUCUGAUCCAACACCUUUACCUCCCUCCUCUUCUUGUUCCAUACAGGUGCACAGCGAGGUCAGAAGCUGCUUUACAUGUACAAUAUUUGUGCAUGUUUUUAUUUGAACAUAUUCUAGUUGUCAGUGGAAAGUACAAGACUAGCUCGUCACAGAUGUACAUUAGAUACUUUGAGUGUGAUGUGUGCUCUGUGCCAAACUUCCUGCAGUCACACAAAUUGUUUGACACUUUUAAAUGACCUCAGUCUAGAACAAGGUGCUUCCACAGCUCUCAUUUUGAAGCUCUUCCAGCAAAUUGUUAGUUCAUGUCCUCUUUUCCUUUUGGUAUUUCUUGUUCAGUUAGAUUAUCAAUAUCAGUCUGCACAGAUCUGUCAUGCAAUAUGUGCCAUUGUUGUAACAAUGGUCCUAAAUGUCUUACAGACAUGCACAAAUAGAGUAUACUGUACACAUGCAUGGUCUGCACAUUUGGACACAAUGGGCAAGGCAUCACAUUCACACCUUGUAUGCACCUGUUCAAACUGACAUAAUUUGAUCUGUUUUUCUUAGCAGAAAUGACUUCCUUUAAGUGAUAUUUCUGAGAAGUCCUCUGAAGUAUGGUUACUCUUGUUUUUUUUUUUUUAAUUUAUUUAAAGCCUAACUUAACAACACAAGCAUAGAAUUAUGAUAGAUUAGUGGUCAAAAGAAACUUGUUCUGUUAUAUUUAAAUAAAUGCGACAGAAAAAGCACCCUUCACCUCAAACAUUGUCUAACUGUGUCAAAGUAGCUGAACAGUGAGAUUUCCAAAAGAGAGAAAAAAGAAAGUCUGAAUGGGGCCCUGAGUGACUACUUGUCACCUGUGAUCGAUGGUCACUUCAAUGUGGUAAUGAAUGUGUACAUUGAGGUUAUACUGGGUUGCACAGUUGCACAACCUUCUAAAAGUGAGUGAGAAGUCACACUGCAAGACAUAUUCACCCAUAACAGUGUUAUAUUCUGUCUACCUGAUGUUCUUUAAUUCAUUUUAAAUCAUCAAAUGACCGUGAGAGUUUAUAGCCUGAACUACAGACUCACUGCUCUCAUCACUGGCUCAUUUUUGUAUGUGGGAGUCAUUUACAGACACAAAUUUACAGAGAACGUGAAAAUCACUUGAACAUAACCUCUUUAUGUACAGAUUGAAGAAAACUUUUCCUUUUUUUAAAAAAAUAAUUGCUUCAAUGUGUGUGCACUGUGCUCUAUCCAUAUGUUGUCCCAUGUUAAAACUGCACUAUGGCAGCUUCUCAGUACUUCAUACAGCUGAAAUGUGCCUGGUUUUGGUAGUAUUUUUACCAUUUGCUUUUUUUGCCAUAGACAAGUUGAAAAUGUUCAAAUUCUGCACUUAAGGUACACAACAAAAAUGCUUUUGCAUUCUCUCUGAGAAUGACCUAUUCAGAUAGAUAUCAACUUAAUAUCUGUGUGUGUUAAGAGCAGAGAUGGUGUCAGAACAUAGUUAGCUUGUUUAGCAUAAAGGCUGGAUGGUCGGGAAGAGAAGCAUCUUCUCUUGCAUGGUCAAAGUUCAAAAACACAAAAAGAUAAACAGGAUUCAACAUUGAACUUGGAUUUUAUUUGAUUGAUUGAUAUCUAUCGUCUUGUCUCACUCUCUGAAAGACAAAACAAUGAAAACCUCAGAAAUUUUGAACAGGUGAACUGAAAUCAAAGUGAUGGUUUUCAUAACCCCAUACACAGUGCAGAACAGUGGUGUUUACAUUGUCAAGGUUAAUGUUGAGUCUACAGUAUACUCUCAGAAUGCUUCAGUUAAUAUUUAAAGUACCAAAAAAUACACAAGUGGUGUAACUCUCCAGAAUCCAGUAUUUCAGCUUUAUGCAGUUCCCUUUACCGCACAACCCGUCUUUUUGCCUGAGGGUCCCCUAAAGAUAUUUCUAUUCUCUGUAGAUGGGAGUUUUACAUUAAGGUUUUUUCCUGCACCCUUGGUCCAAAGCACACAGGACAUAGGGGUCCAUGUAAAAUUCCAGAGGGGCUACCCAUAGCCAUACGAGCUCUUACCACUGUGAUCUCAUUUGGACUUUGCUUUUCUUUUUUAUGUUGUACAAAUGUAUAUUUGAUGGUAUACGUGUGAAGGAUGUAUCGAUUUGAAUUAUUUGUAAUACUGUUAUUGGUUUAUUUUGUAAAAAAAAAUAAGAAAAUAAAAAGUAAAUAAAGAAAAGGCAACACAAA